AAGUUUUACGCGCCUUGGUGCGGGCACUGCAAGACGCUGGCGCCGCUGUGGGACGACUUCGCCCGACGCGGGGCGAACGAAAACAUCAUCGCGCUGUCCGUCGACGCCAGUGGGGCGAACGCGAAGGCACUGAACGCGAAGUUCAACGUUCAGGGGUUCCCGACGCUGUUUUUCUUCAAGGGCGGCGCGGCGUACGAGUACUCGGGCAAGCGCGCCGUCGACGACCUCGUCGACUUCGCGCGC